AUGGCAAAAAACUCUGACAUGGUCAUCGUAUCCGUUGACUGUGACGAGUAUGUGCGGUUGUUGACAGCGAAGGACUCGGAGGGCGUGCAGGACUACUUGGCCAAUGGCGUGGCCAAGCUGCAUCGGGCAGGGGUUGACUUCCUGGUGAUCGCUUCCAACACAGCGCACAUUUGCGUGGGCCUUGUACGUGAACGAUUUCCGGAUCUUCCGGUUCUCCACAUCGCCGACUGUACCGCAGCAGCGGCUCGCGGCGCCGGGCCCGUAGGCCUUCUGGGCACCGAGCCGACGAUGCGGGAUGGCUCCUGGCUGAAGGAGCGGCUGGCCCUUCACGGCGUGGAGGUGGUAGUGCCGCCUGCGGAGGAGGAUCGGCAGCGAUGUUACAAGAUCAUCUGCGACGAGCUGAGCUUCGACAAAUUUACGGAUGAAUCCAGAAGAUUCUUUGCAGAGAUGGCAAGAAAGCUCCAUGGCGAAUGGGGUGGAUCUGGAGGUGUUAUUCUCGGAUGCACAGAGAUCGAGCUUCUGCUACGACCUGGGGAUGUGCCAGAUGUUCCUCUCUUCCGAUCGGCUGAGCUGCACAUCGAUGCAGCAGCUCGAGUCCAAGCUGGCCAGGUCUCCCUAGAGUCCUUCAUGCCACCCUCAGAGAAGCCGGCAUGA